CGGCUGCAGUUUCCGGGAGGUGCCAAUCGGCGGGGCCUGACGUGUUGCUUGUCCGCUCACUGCCUCUUCCCCCCUCUCCGCUCUCUGUGCGGCCCGCGGCUGCUCUUCCCGCUUCGCCGCCAUGAACACAGCACUGUCGCGGGCUAACUCGCUCUUCGCCUUCUCGCUGAGCGUGAUGGCCGUGUUGACGCUCGGCUGUUUCCUCACCACCGCCUUCAAGGAGCGCAGCGUCCCGGUGCACAUCCAGGUCUCCAAAGUCAUACUGAAAAAUGUAGAAGAUUUCACAGGACCCAGAGAAAGAAGUGAUUUGGGACUGAUCACAUUUGACCUGUCUGCAGAUUUGAAGCCGAUCUUUGACUGGAAUGUCAAGCAACUGUUUCUUUAUUUAUCAGCAGAGUACAAAACAAAAAAUAAUGCAUUGAAUCAGGUUGUUCUCUGGGACAAGAUUGUACUUCGUGGAGACCAAACAAAGUUGGAUCUGAAAGAUAUGAAGUCAAAAUAUUUCUUCUUUGAUGAUGGAAAUGGUCUGAAGGGUAAUGAAAACAUCACAUUGACUCUGUCCUGGAAUGUGGUCCCAAAUGCUGGGAUCCUGCCUCUUAUAGUGGGUUCAGGGCACUACUCCGUUGCAUUUCCAGACUCGUAUGAGAUGACAAAAAGCUAUUGAACUUUUGACUCUUUUCUUUGUUAUAGUACCUUUUAUUGUUGUAAUUUGAAGCUCAUAACUCAGAACGUAUUUUUAUAUCCAAAUAUCAUGUCUGCGAGGCUGGGGUGAAAAAAAUCUGAAAACUCCCCGCAAAUGAAAAUAAAAAUGGGUGACUGUUUUGUAUUUUUUUGUAAUGGGCGCAAAAAUUUUGCAUUGUAAUUUUUUUUUGGUUCAGGUUUGAUCCCAUUCAAUGACGUGUUGGAUUGGGGUGUGUCGAGAAAGGCCUAUGUCUGCACACUUCACGUGAAACAGAAAUAAACACAUGGCUGAUCAUGAGUAUGAUACCUAAUUCCUAGGAAAUCUACCCCUCUUUCCCCUUAAAAGUGUGGUUCAUUUUCUCUAUUAAGAGUCGUCUCAUCAUACACAAUACGUAGGUAGGUUUCUGUUUACACCACAACUUCCAUCUAUUUGGUAUUUUUAAAAGUAUUUACUCUUAUAUUAAUACGAGUUGUGUAGCAUGUUAAAUUGUUCACCUUUGCACCAAAUCCGUGCUUGUUACACCAUAGCACUAACUUGUCAUCGCCUGGGUUAAUUGAAGAAGGCACGGAAUUGAUGGGCCAAAGAAUCCGUUUCUGUACUUUGGUGCUCUGACUCUAUGGAAUGUCAGCUUGGGACUGAGAUAUGUUAAUAUAGUAACCUGCAGUGGCCAUAAUCCAAUUGCACAGAGACUUCGUCCAGGUCAGGAUUUGGCAGCAUGGUGACCAGACUUACUUAAGCCCAUCACCCCUACUGAAAAGUAGGCCACCAACAGCAACUCAGCAGAGUACUUUCUCCUGAGCCAAUCUUCCAGGUUAUCCACAGGUGUAGCCAUCUUCUUGGUGUCAGCAAAGAUCCUUCCUCUCCCAGGUAUGAGGUCUUUAGAGCUUCUGUUGGCAUUUCUAUAGCUGUAGGUUUUCAUGGGAAGGGGUUGCUAGCACGAUGCCCAACCCUCCUCCUUUCACAGCUGGGCUUGGGACCAUCCACAGCAGAGUUACGUUGACCUGAGAGGCCCUAAAUAUUGCUCUUAAUUCUCCAGUUUCCAAGACUUGCUACACCCAACAAAGAUAGUUGAUUUUAGGCCUGUCCCAUUAAAUUGACUCUUCCUAUUUUUGGAUCCAAUGAGUAAAGGAUAAUGAUGGGGAAUAGCAAAAGGAGGUAAAGGGGAUUAAACUCAGCAGUUGCUCAAUCCAUUCAUUGUGUAAAUGGGAAAAGGAUAAAAGUUCUCUUGAUUUAAACAUGAAACAAAAGGGGUUACAUAGCGAGCCGUGGCAGUUUAGGUGUUCUCUGGAAAGCAAAGCUAAGUCACUGCUUUCUUUUUCUGCCUCCCUAACCCUAAACAAAAGUUCAUUGGACUCAAUUUGUAUCCUUGAAGGAAAUGAUAGCCUCCUUAUCAAUUAUGCUAUAUAAUAAUCUCCCCUCCAACUUCUAAAGCCUUAAUCAUGACAUUUGUUAUGCUCAUUGCAACUUGUUUACUUGCUACGGUGAGGAUUUUAUUUUCUGUGCACAAAAAAUGAAUCCCAUUCCUCAAAUGAAAACAGGUUUGCUUCAUCUUAGGACUCUUCAUAUUUCUCUUUGCUGUACCUAAAACACACACAAAAGAAAAUUGAAGCAUGAGUAUUUAUAUCAGUUAUUCUGGGGAUGUUCACUGCCAGAGUCCGAGCAUUGCUUGUAUCUUGCAGCACAUCAGCUUUUAUACUGUAUAAUUACUGUGAAUUGCAACAAAAAAUACAACAAUGUACAUAUUCUGUGGAACAGAAUAUAUUAAAUCCUUUUCGUGGUAUAUUUUAAUGGUUGGCAAAACACUGUAUGUGGGAGGGAAUUGAGGUUGGAAACCCAGAAAUCUGAAAGAUUUUUUAAAAAGGCAGUGCUUUACAAAAAAAAAGCUUGUGUUUGAAUAAAAGGUUUUGAUUUUUUUUUGUCCA